AUGCGAAGGCGAAGUAGGCUAUGGGUCAUUCUCUUCAUUGCACUCAUUCUUGCAUUGGUCAUUUACAAAGAAGUUUAUGUGACCAUUUACUAUCUAUACAAGAAUUAUUAUAGUACUACAAUUAUACGUAAUAUUACUGCUAGAAGAUCUGAAGAUCAAAAGUUGGUUUCGAUAGCGAUAAUUACUGUUUUAUUGAAUCGCAGUAAUUACGACGAAUAUCGUUUAGCUCAAGAAAGCUUCCAAUGUUAUGCUUUAUAUCACAAUUACAAAUGGAUUGUUAUUGAUUUAUCGGCUAAUGUUACACUACGAAAGUUAUGUCCUCAUAGAGAUUUUAUGUUUGCCCGGCAUUGUGUCACAGCAGAAAUAAUGAAGGGAGCAAACGAUAUCCAAUGGUUCCUAUUUAUCGAUGCUGAUAUGGGAGUUAUCAAUCCAAAUCAUUUGAUCGAAGAAUGGAUUGAUAAUAAUGUAAAUCUCAUCUUAUACAAUCGAAUUUUCAACCACGAAGUAAUGGCUGGAAGUUAUUUAGCAAAAAAUACUCCAUAUUCUCGAAAAUUCCUUCGAUUUUGGGCAAGUUAUGAGCUGACAUUGCGAUUUCCAAUCUUUGGAUCAGAUAAUGGCGCAAUUCAUAAUGUUUUGCUCGAACUUAUAUUCUCGGGAAGAAUCAGCGAAAGAAAAUUUUGCGAAAGUAUUUGGAAGGAAGUAAAGAAUUUCGAUGGUUUAAGCAUUUAUGUAGCUUGCGUUCGAAACAUCACUGGUGAAGCAACAAUCUGGCCAAACCAAUUGCGCAUCCUACCAAAAGGUAAAGCAUGGGCUCGUGAUACUUGGAUUACGGAUUCGAUGUGGAGUGAACGAGAUUUCAUCCUGCACGGUUGGCAAAAACGACGAAUUAACAGGAUUACAUUUGGUGGUUGGCCAUCGCCAUUCGUAUCGCAUUAUUUCAAUCUUUCAUUUUGUACUAAUUUUAAUACAGUAUCCUUAAAUUGGCAAUAUAAGGAUACUUUUAUAAGGAGUAAUUCUGAAGUGGAAGAUUGGCUUGAUAAGGCAAUUAUUAAUUCGAGGUAUGACUUUAAAAAACACUUAAAAUUGGUUGCUAAUCAACAAAAGCGUAAUGUUUGA